AUGGCAAUUAACAGCAGAGGAGCCGCAUAUCCUGCUCUCAAACUCUCCAACUCGAUUCCUCUUCUCCUGCCCUUCUCCAAUGUUUCCAUGCCAUUCAAACCAACAAAUGUUAAGCUGGAGAAAAUUCAGCAGCGAGAGAUGGUGUUCUCAACGAAGGGGAGCUUGGGAUCCCUGAAAGGAGGAACAGGACUCUUGGAGCGCCCCACCUUUGAUCAGUCCCAGUUCGAUCCCCUUCCCCAAGCACAAGAAGGAGGAGAUAUUGGGCGAUUGAGUGACAGGAAAGGUCUUGGCAGUGGAGACAGCUACAAAGUUCUUAUGAUUGAUGAUAUACGUCACACGGAAACAUUAGUUGAAAAAGCCUUACCACAGGUUGUGCCGUCCAUAACGGCUGCUGAUGCAAGAAAACUCUUUCACGAAUCUCGGCAGAAGGGUGUUGCAGUCGUUAUUGUUACUGUGAAGGAGCAUGCUGAGUUCUAUGCACAGAUGAUGGUAAGAUGGGGAUUGCGCUCAGCUAUAGAACCAGACUCGAAUAUCGCAGAAUGA